UAGUAGUGGUGGUUGUCGUCGUCGUCGUCGUCGUUGUCAUCGUCGUCGUCGUCGUCGGUUGUUCUUCUUCUGCAUCGUCUGUCGGUGUGAAAGUGCAUCAUCUCAGUGUCGUCGCACGGUGCUCGAUUGUGCUACCCUUAUACCGAGGUUGAACGAGGAAGGUAUCCCGCGGAGGUAUCCCAGAACCCGCCCUCCUUUCCUCUCGACGUCGCAGUGCCUCUUAUCUCCGUAACGCUACGUCGCGCUACGUCUAUCUAUUUUACGUUCGCAGCAGCGGUGACUAUCUACGCUGGUGGAGAGUAUUCGACCUCCUCAACCAUAAAAAUCGACCGAGACUCGAAGACCAGACUAUGUUAUUUCGGAUAACGGAUUGAUCGCACCCGUCGCUUCAUUCACACGUCGGACAUGAAAAAUCUUGGUUCGCGUUGGACGGUCCCCGACAUAGCACGCACUGCCGCAGCGCGUUCGUCAUUUCUCGUCGCCAUUUCGUUGGAACGAGAUUCAGGUAGCAGCAGCAGCAACAACAAGAGGAGCGUUCGCAACCGGAGCAAAGUUAGAAGUAGCGUUAGCACCAGCGGCAGCAACGGCAUCAGCAGCAGUAGUAUCCGCGUGACGGCGAUCGACAAGAAAACGAGGGAGAGUCAGAGCAGCAGCGGCAGAUCGGCACUCGACGUGCUGCACGGAGCGCUCUUUUCCGUCCGACCGUACGUUACGGCGUCGUGUGACCGGAUCGUCGGCACGACGCGCCCAGAAUCGACGCCCAGGAACCGGCCGGUAGCCGGCAAGUCGCGCCGCUCUCAGCACCGGACUCGUCCCCGUCAGCCGCAGCAGCCACUCUACUACCCUCCCGCAUCGUGGGACACACGCACACCACACCUCGGGAACUGUUAGCACCGAUCAAAAGAAGGUGGCUCAGCUGUGCGCAGCCUAGACAAUGUCCGAAGAUUCUGACUCUAUAUCAGAGGAAGAAAGAAGUUUGUUCCGUCCGUUCACGCGGGAGUCCCUGGCAGCGAUCGAGGCUCGCAUCGCCGAGGAACAUGCUAAGCAGAAGGAGCUCGAGAAGAAGAGAGCGGAAGGCGAGGGAGGUUUUGGACGGAAGAAAAAGAAAAAAGAAGUACGGUAUGACGACGAGGACGAGGACGAAGGUCCUCAGCCGGACCAGAUGUUCGAGCAGGGAGGGCCGCUCCCGGUCCGACUGCACAACGAAUUUCCACCCGAGUUGGCCUCCACACCUCUCGAGGAUAUCGAUAGCUACUACCACAAUCAAAGGACCUUCGUCGUCAUUAGCAAGGGAAAGGACAUAUUCAGGUUCUCAGCGACGAACGCGAUGUGGAUCCUCGACCCGUUCAACCCUAUACGACGUGUGGCCAUUUACAUAUUGGUUCACCCGCUCUUUUCCCUCUUCAUCAUCACCACGAUAUUGGUUAACUGUAUACUCAUGAUCAUGCCCACCACGCCCACCAUCGAGUCCACCGAAGUGAUAUUUACGGGCAUCUACACAUUUGAGUCCGCCGUUAAGGUGAUGGCGAGGGGUUUCAUUCUGCAGCCUUUUACCUAUCUUAGAGAUGCAUGGAAUUGGCUCGACUUCGUAGUUAUAGCUUUAGCUUAUGUGACGAUGGGCAUAGAUCUAGGCAACCUUGCCGCUCUCAGGACAUUUCGAGUCCUCCGAGCCUUGAAGACUGUCGCUAUUGUACCAGGUCUGAAAACCAUUGUCGGCGCUGUGAUAGAAUCCGUGAAGAACCUGCGCGAUGUGAUAAUCCUGACGAUGUUCUCCCUCUCCGUCUUUGCGCUGAUGGGCCUUCAGAUUUAUAUGGGGGUCCUCACGCAAAAGUGUAUAAAGAACUUUCCUGAGGACGGCUCCUGGGGUAAUCUCACACACGAGAAUUGGGAGCGAUUCGUUAGUAACGAAACUAAUUGGUACGUGGACGAGGCUAAAAAUAUGCCCUUAUGCGGAAAUUCAUCGGGGGCAGGGCAGUGCCUUCCCGGCUACACGUGUUUACAAGGGUACGGCGAUAAUCCAAAUUACGGCUACACGAGCUUCGACACUUUCGGUUGGGCAUUGCUCUCCGCCUUUCGUCUUAUGACUCAGGAUUAUUGGGAGAAUCUUUAUCAACUGGUGCUGAGAUCGGCCGGACCGUGGCACAUGCUCUUCUUCAUCGUCAUCAUCUUCCUCGGAUCCUUCUAUCUCGUCAAUCUGAUCCUCGCUAUUGUCGCGAUGUCGUACGACGAGUUGCAAAAGAAGGCUGAAGAGGAGGAAGCCGCUGAGGAGGAAGCCAUGAGGGAAGCCGAAGAAGCCGCGCUGGCGAAGGAGAACAAGCUCGCGGCGCAGGCCGCGGCGCGGGAAGCCGCUGCCGCGGCGGCUGCCGCCGCGGAUCAGAUCGUCAAGUCGCCGUCGGACUUCUCGUGUCACAGCUACGAGCUGUUCGUCGGCCAGGAGAAGGGCAACGACGACAACAACAAGGAGAAGAUGAGCAUACGCUCGAUCGAGUCCAUGAGCGAUCAGAGGCACAAGCAGAUCAACAACAACCACAGCGCUGCCAAUAAAGUGCGAAAAGUCAGCGCCGUCCCUCGCGCCGCUAAUGGCCAGUUUACUUAUGCCUACCAGGAAAGUCUGCGGAAGGCGAGCCUGAGCCUACCCGGCUCACCGUUCAAUAUACGCCGCAGCAGCCGCGGCAGCCACCAGUUCACGAUACGCAACGGCCGCGGGCGAUUCGUCCCGCCGGGCGGCGACCGGAAGCCCUUGGUACUCUCCACGUACCUGGACGCCCAAGAACACCUGCCCUACGCCGACGACUCGAACGCGGUCACGCCGAUGUCCGAGGAGAACGGCACGAUCGUCGUGCCGGUGUAUUACGCGGCGAACCUCGGCUCGCGCCACUCAUCCUACACCUCGCACGCCUCGCGGCUUUCCUACACGUCCCACGCCGACCUCGCGUUCGGCAACAUCCGCGGCAUCGACAGCAUCGGCAAGCCGAUCACCAAGCAAGAGCAGAUACUCAGGAACCGGAACAACAAGCAGACUACACCCGCAAACGGCCAUGUUACGGACAGCAAUCAGAAGUUCUAUCAUCAUGAAACCGACCUGGAGGAUCCCAUGGGCAAGAGCAAGCAACAAGACAAUCCGUUCAUCGAGCCGUCUCAGCAGCACACCGUGGUCGACAUGAGAGAUGUGAUGGUACUGAACGACAUCAUCGAGCAAGCCGCCGGUCGCCAGAGCCAGACGCCGGAGCAAGGAGUUUCGACCUAUUACUUUCCGACAGACGACGAUGAAGAAGGGCCUACGAUGAAGGACAAGUUAUUGGCCGGAUUGUAUCGUUGUAUCGACAUAUUUUGCGUCUGGGACUGCUGUUGGCUCUGGCUCGAGUUUCAAAAGUACGUGUCCUUGUUGGUCUUUGAUCCGUUCGUAGAGCUCUUCAUUACACUCUGCAUCGUCGUCAAUACGCUCUUCAUGGCAUUGGAUCACCACGACAUGGACAAAGAUAUGGAGAGAGUGCUCAAAACUGGCAAUUACUUCUUCACGGCGACAUUCGGUAUCGAAGCGACUCUGAAGCUGAUAGCGAUGAGCCCGAAGUUUUAUUUUCAAGAGGGCUGGAACAUCUUCGACUUCAUCAUCGUCGUACUCUCGCUCGUGGAACUGGGCCUGGAAGGCGUGCAGGGCCUGUCGGUAUUGCGAUCCUUCAGAUUGCUGAGAGUGUUCAAGCUAGCCAAGUCAUGGCCUACGUUGAAUCUGCUGAUCUCCAUCAUGGGCAGAACUGUGGGCGCGUUGGGCAACCUGACGUUUGUGUUGUGCAUCAUCAUCUUCAUCUUUGCCGUGAUGGGCAUGCAACUAUUCGGCAAGAACUACGUGGACAACGUCGACCUAUUCCCGGACGGUGACAUGCCCAGGUGGAAUUUCACUGAUUUCAUGCAUUCCUUCAUGAUCGUGUUCCGAGUGUUGUGCGGAGAGUGGAUCGAGUCUAUGUGGGACUGCAUGCUGGUCGGCGACGUCUCUUGCAUACCAUUCUUCCUGGCCACCGUCGUCAUCGGUAACUUGGUCGUGCUGAAUCUCUUCUUAGCUCUGUUGCUGAGCAACUUCGGCUCGUCGAAUCUGUCGGCCCCGUCUGCGGACAACGACACCAACAAGAUCGCGGAGGCGAUCGAUCGAAUAGCACGUUUCAUUAAGUGGAUCAAGCGAAAUGUUCUUUACAUUGCUAAGUUGAUGCGAGCCAAAUUCACCAAUCAGAUAUCCGAUCAGGCGCCAGAUGGAAUUGAUCGCGAUGGGGACCUAGAUCUUGCAGAUGGAGAAUUGGACGCAUACAGAGACAAGAAGAGCGCCAAAGAGCUCAACCAGCUUGAAGUUGCUAUUGGCGAUGGAAUGGAGUUCACCAUCCAUGGAGAUUUGAAGAACAAGCUGAAGAAGGGCAAGCUGUGCAUGAACAAUACGAAGGUUAUCGCGAAUUCGAUAAACCACCACGAUUAUAGGCUAGACAACGAUUACAUUAAUCAGAACGAGGAUGAUACCAUCAGCAACAAAUCAUACGGCAGCCACAAAAAUCGGGCAUUCAAGGACGAGAGUCAUAAAGGCAGCAUGGAUUCGCUAAACGGUGAGGAGAAGAAAGACGCGAGCAAGGAAGACUUGGAACAAGAAGAAGAUUUGGAAGACGAAGGUGAGGAAGGGGAGGAGCUCGACGGUGAAAUUAUACAGGCGGACGAUGACCCGAUCCAACCGAAUUAUCCUUCCGAUUGUUGUCCGGAAAACUGCUACAAGAAGUUUCCAUUCCUGGCCGGCGACGACGACGCACCGUUUUGGCAGGGCUGGGCGAACCUGAGAUUAAAGACCUUCCAGCUGAUCGAGAACAAGUACUUCGAGACUGCCGUCAUCACCAUGAUCCUUCUGAGUAGCUUGGCCUUGGCCUUGGAAGACGUUCAUCUCCAACAACGACCUAUCCUGCAGGACAUAUUGUAUUACAUGGACCGAAUAUUCACUGUGAUCUUCUUCCUCGAGAUGUUGAUCAAGUGGCUGGCCCUAGGAUUUAAGAAGUAUUUCACGAACGCCUGGUGCUGGCUCGACUUCAUCAUCGUCAUGGUAUCGCUCAUUAACUUCGUAGCGUCGCUCGUUGGCGCUGGCGGGAUUCAAGCCUUCAAAACAAUGCGGACCCUAAGGGCCCUAAGGCCGCUCAGGGCGAUGUCUAGAAUGCAGGGGAUGCGGGUAGUCGUUAACGCCUUGGUCCAAGCCAUUCCAUCCAUCUUCAACGUGUUGCUGGUAUGCCUUAUUUUCUGGCUUAUAUUCGCUAUCAUGGGAGUGCAGCUGUUCGCUGGCAAAUAUUACAAGUGUGUCGACGCGAACAAGACGACGCUCAGCUACGAGAUAAUACCCGAUCGUAACGCCUGCUACGCUGAAAAUUACACGUGGGAGAACUCGCCAAUGAACUUCGACCACGUCGGCAAAGCGUAUCUGUGCCUGUUCCAAGUGGCGACUUUCAAAGGGUGGAUCCAGAUCAUGAACGACGCGAUCGAUUCCAGAGAGAUCAACAAGCAGCCGAUCCGCGAGACGAACAUUUACAUGUAUCUCUACUUCGUGUUUUUCAUUAUAUUUGGAUCGUUUUUUACCCUCAACCUGUUCAUCGGUGUGAUCAUCGACAACUUUAACGAGCAGAAGAAGAAAGCCGGCGGAUCCCUCGAGAUGUUCAUGACGGAAGAUCAGAAAAAGUAUUACAACGCCAUGAAGAAAAUGGGCAAUAAAAAGCCUCUGAAAGCCAUUCCUCGGCCGAGGUGGCGACCGCAGGCGUUCGUGUUUGAAGUAGUGACGGACAAAAAGUUCGAUAUGAUAAUCAUGCUGUUCAUCGGGCUGAACAUGCUCACGAUGACAUUGGACCAUUAUCAACAGAGCGAUACGUUCAGCAAAGUUUUAGAUAAUCUCAACUUGAUAUUCAUUGUGAUAUUCUCCAGCGAGUGUGUCAUGAAGAUCUUCGCUCUGCGCUACCACUACUUCAAGGAGCCGUGGAACCUCUUUGAUUUUGUUGUUGUUAUAUUGUCAAUAUUAGGUCUGGUGCUUAGCGACAUUAUCGAGAAAUAUUUCGUGUCGCCGACUUUGCUUCGUGUAGUGAGAGUGGCGAAGGUUGGUCGUGUACUUCGACUCGUGAAAGGUGCCAAGGGUAUCCGAACCCUUCUUUUCGCCCUGGCGAUGUCGUUGCCGGCCCUUUUCAACAUUUGCCUACUGCUGUUUUUGGUGAUGUUUAUCUUCGCGAUAUUCGGCAUGUCCUUCUUCAUGCAUGUCAAGGACAAGAGCGGGCUGGACGACGUGUACAACUUCAAGACGUUUGGACAGUCGAUGAUACUGCUAUUCCAGAUGUCAACGUCGGCCGGUUGGGACAGUGUCCUCGAUGGUAUAAUAAACGAGGAAGAUUGCCAGGAGCCGAACAACGAAAUCGGCUAUCCCGGCAACUGUGGGUCCUCGACGAUCGGGAUUGCUUAUCUACUCUCAUAUCUCGUGAUCAGCUUCUUGAUCGUCAUAAACAUGUAUAUCGCUGUGAUCCUCGAGAAUUACUCGCAGGCCACUGAGGACGUGCAGGAAGGUCUCACGGACGACGACUAUGACAUGUACUAUGAAAUUUGGCAACAGUUCGAUCCGGAUGGCACGCAAUACAUCAGAUACGACCAGCUCUCAGACUUCUUAGACGUAUUGGAGCCCCCGUUGCAGAUACACAAGCCCAAUAAAUAUAAGAUCGUGUCGAUGGAUAUUCCCAUAUGUAAGGGUGACCUUAUGUUUUGCGUGGAUAUCCUCGAUGCCCUCACCAAGGACUUUUUCGCACGGAAGGGCAAUCCAAUCGAAGAGACAGGCGAUCUGGGCGAGGUGCAGGCGCGGCCCGACGAGGUCGGCUACGAGCCGGUCUCGUCCACACUGUGGCGGCAGCGCGAAGAAUACUGCGCUCGACUCAUACAGAACGCUUGGAGGAAGCACAAGCAGCAGCGUCUUGGCGGGCCGAGCGAAGAGAGCGACGACCCAGACACCGAUCCGCGCGUCAGGCAGACCGCGGUGUUGGUCGAGAGCGACGGCUACGUCACGAAGAACGGUCAUCGCGUCGUCAUACACAGCCGAUCGCCGAGCGUCACCUCGAGAACCGCGGACGUCUGAUCGCCAUCGUCGUCGCCGCCGCAACUGCAAUCGCCGCUACCGUCGUCGCUAUCGCAACUAUCGCCGCAGCCACCGCCGCCGUCCGUGCGCAAACCGCUCUACCGCAGCAGCAACAACAGCAUCGUCGACGACGACGAUGAUCAUGCACCGUCAGCCGGUCGCACUGCUCGCGCGGAGUAGCGGCCGGGCGGACCUCGCGUGCGCUCUCUAUCGACAGCCUUAUAGUUGUAAAAUACAUUUCUCCAACGAGUUGCCUUUAAUCGACUUUGAACGCCACGACCGUUGGGAGAGACACGUCGCUAGUUAGACGAGCGUCCGUACACGAGGUACACGAGGAGCGACUGCGCCGAGAAAGUGUCACACACGCGAGUCUGGCGGUACGGCUGCGCGUGGCGUCCGGAUCGAGAUCCACGUGGAACGAGGGGAAGAGAGAUCAAGGGAACGAGGAGGAGCACGAGGGAGUCGAUGCGUCGCAACGUCCUCGGCGAGCCAACUUCCCCAUAUCGAGGCUCGUAGAGCGACGUCGCGACGCGGCUGGAGAGCGGAUUCGGGUCGGCCGCGCUCGCCUCUGUUGCUCCUCGUUGAAUCGAGCGGUAGUAGCAACAAUGGACGACGACGCGCGGACCGCGUCGAGGCGACGCGCGAGCAAAUCAGCGCGACCACUUCUACACCAUCUUGUGAACACUCGUUAGCUCAAUCUAUCGCGAAUUCUAUCCGCCGUUUGGAUUUUUUACACCGUUUUACAGCAGUAACCCGCCGCCUAGUUGCUCCCGCGCGACGCCGCGACGCGGCUUUUUCGCUACGAAAGAGAGUGUGUGUGCGUGUCUGUGUGAGAGAGAAAGAGACAUUGUAUGACUGCGGGCCAGGAACGAACGCUACGACGAUGACUACGACGAUGAUAAUGACGUUCGUGUUGAUGACGACGUAUCGAUCGUCGCUUUCGACGAAAGAAGGGCGAGCGGAACAAUGUUCGCCGGUAGAAGGGACUCACUUGUGAAAUGUACGCAUAGUUACUACAUUCGCUCGGCUUGCAUCUCUCGCGGAACGGUGCGCGAACUCGCUUGAUCGCGCCGCUUGUUUCCACCCCCCUCUCCCGCCCCUUCCGGCCCUCUUCUCUCUCGGGCCCAUGUAAUACGCACCCUCCGCCGGCCCAACCCCGAGGAAUACCCGUCGUCGGGGGGACGCACGUGAAAGUACUUAUGUAUCGUUCUGUCUGAAAGAUCUCCGGCGUGAAGAAUAUGUUUCGACGAUUGGCGGCUUUCUCGGCUUCGACCCCCCGUCGAAGAGGUCGACUUCAUCGGCUCGCGCGUCGGCGACUCGCCCUUUGCCGCGCCGUUCCCGCGCUUUUUUACAGUCGUAUUCGUCGUGUGCAAAACUUUACCGAGUUCUUCCCCCUCCCGAGGAGAAUCCAUUGUACCGUCGUUUCCUCUCCUACCUCGUCGACUUUUCUCACAGACCCACCUGUUUAUCCAUUUUCGUCCGCCGCCCCUUCCCACACUUCCCUACUCGCGAUCCUCUUUCACGACUAAACGUGUAAAGCGAUCGUGUCGGGAGGAAAGUGCGCAACCCUUUAGAAACAAGAGAAAAAGAAACGAACAAUGAAGGAAGGAAGGAAGGAAGAGUGAAAAGACGACGUCUCUCUCUAGUGUGCUCGACGAUCGGCUAGCGAACGGCUGAAGGGGACGGAGAGGGGGGGGCGCGAUUCCGCAGUCAUCAUCAGCUAGUUAUUUACACAUUUGCAAAACUAACACGCAGUCUUACACACGAAGUAGUGAACGCGCUUCGGAAUAAAUGAAUUACUACAUUCUAGUGUAUCGUUAUUCGAAUAACCAAUCGUUCGCCCGCGCCCGCGUAAACCCGUCUCGCGUCGUGUAAAAACCCCGCGAGAUGCUGAAGAUAUCGAGCCGAUGCACAACGGAGCUCGCGCGAAAUUCGAUUCGGCUGGCGGUGUUAAUUACGAGGUGGCGCAUGCAUACCUUGCGUUACAUUAGUUAGUCGCGCAGGCCGCUUACCCCUUCGAAAGCCUGAAACACACGGGAAAAAUAUCGUAGAGGAAAGGAACGAUUUUCGCCGUAGACGGAGAAAAAGAGAAGAGCAAUUAGAUCGCACGAUAUAUAUCUCGAAUCAAAAGAUAUAUCUUUCUUUGUAUCAUAUUCUUUUUCUGUCUCCGAGGUCUCGGGGGCUAAUCGAGAACCCUACGUUGUGCCUUUUGAAUAACAGCAAUCUCAAAGUCGAGCUAACUUCGGUUUCGCGUAUCGCGUACUGUUUGAAAGGAAAGGGAUGACAAAUCGAAAAGGAACGACAAAUCGAUCGACCCACGUCGGAUCCCGAAAAACGCGUCGCGCCUCAUCGUCAAAGCUGCUUUUGUUCUCGAAUAUGAGAAAGAGAGAGAGUGAGAGAGAGAGAGAAAGAGAGCGAACGAAUGAACGUGCUACCUCCUUCGCUCUCUGUUUUUCAGCGCCGAUGUAUUUUUAACACGCCGCGCGCGCGUUCCGGCGGAUCAAUAAGCGCAGAAUUUAGACGGGUUUACGCACGGACUUCGCGCGGAAUCGCGUAACCCGCUGAUUCGCGUCGACUUUACCAUCUCGCGUCUGUUAAAGUCGAGCGUGUCUCGACGAUCGCGCCGACUCGACGUUGCCGUGACGGAAGGAAUGCGUCUACCCUCGGUGGCUGUACGUUUUAAAUUAAGAACAGCUGUCUCUCUCUCUCUCUCUCACUCUUUCUCUUUUCCUGUUUUUUUUCCGAGAGAGAAAGAGAGAGAGAGAGAGAAAGGCUCGUCGCCAGCUGCUGACGGGAGCCCAUGUGGCUCUCCCGUCGUCGUUUCGAGACAGAAUCCCGAUUCGCACGGCAAGACCCCGUCUCUCUCUCGCGGUCUGCACCUGUGCUCACCCUGUGUUCUUUCCGUCAUGCGACGUCACUGCAGUCGUCGUCGCGAUUCCGCCACGAAACGACCGAUCAUUUUCGCCUCCGCGCAACCCACACGCAGAUCACCAAACAAAUCGAACGUGUACUAAACAAUUUAUACACGAUGAUCGGAAUUUAUUAUAACGCGUGACGACGAUGACGACAUUGCUAACUCAGCUAAAGGCCACGUUUGUAAAAUACGUUAUACAUACAUACAUACAUCUAUAUAUAUACAUAACAAAAAAAAAAUAUAUAUAUAUAUACAUAUAUUAAGGCGGAUGUUGUACGUGCAGGAUGAGGCAAACAAAGCGCUCGUCUUUCUUCCUCUGACAUUUUAUUAGUCGCUCGAGCAAAAUUGCUAUUCUAAGAAUAAAUACAGAGACGCAGCGCUCUAAUGACAUAUGUCCUGACGGAGCGUCGGUCUCGUCCGUGAAUUUGAAUCCUACCUGUAUGCGGAAGCGUUUCUUCGCGCGAGAGCCAAUUAAAUGUUUGCUCUCAACAACGCGGAGGCUACCGCUCGUUACGAAAUUACAUACGCAUUGCACGUGAAACACGUCGUCGACACGCUUGCGCGAGAUCCAGUAUCGGGAUUAACUUGCACGUCGAUGAUAAGAACGACAUGCUAUGACAAAGCGACUCGUCUCAAUCGAGAAUAGUUUUAAGGCACAAGAGAAGGUCUCGCAAAAGUUUCAGAUGACGCGACUCGUACGUGUGUACAAAUGACAGACGUGAUUGUCGAAACGAAAAUUCGAUCCUCGCGGAGAAGCCUCGUCUUGUCGACUUCCGGUUGGAAGCGAUUGAAAGUAAACUGAGAAACAAGAAAAAACAAUUCGGCGCUGCGAUUAUAACGUCCGUUCCGUAGAAUCUGCAUUUUUCUUCGAGCGUAGCUAUCCUUUCCCCUGAAAUGUCGGUCGGAAGACAGUGUCACGACGCGGUCUCGGUCUCCGGCACGUACACGAUCGUAACAUUCCGUCGUCGAAUUAAGAGCGUUAUCGCAGUCACGCGGCGGUGAGCUUAAGUAGGCGGCGAGAUUACAAAAAAAAAAGAAACAAAAGAAACGUGUGUGCGCGCGUGUGUGUGUUAAUGCGGAUUGCGCGAUCGUUAUUUUUCUACGUCUACAUCCGCGAUUCGGAGGGUCGGCAGGGCGGAGGAAAGGGACGUGGAGAGAGAAAGAAAGAAUGUGAGUGAGUGAGUGAGUGAGAAAGAGAGAGAACGACGCGCACGGGGAUCGAGAGGGGCAACGACGGGGGAAGCGGCGAGCUGUUGUUGCCGGCUCUUUCAGAGGCGGCGACAGGAAGUCGAGGCGCGUGGGAGGGUGACGAUGACGAUGACGACCUCUGAAAUUCGGGGCGGGACGAAGAAGAGGGAGAGCGCAUUCUCGCUGGUCGAGAACGCGAGCGAUGAGUCUGGUUAACUCGGCUCGGUCGCAAGGGCUAAAGAAGAAGAAACGACGAGGACGGAUUGGCGACGUACGUGAUAACGAGAACAAUGACUGUGUUCAGCGGACGCAUCGAGGCUAGUUCAAGGCAAAGUUCAGGGCGACUGAACGCCUGAUUGGUAACAAACGGAUCACACCCGGCGGAAUUUAUGCGAAGUGACGGCAAAAAGUAACGCGAAUCAACAUUGGAUAGGUAGAGAGAGAGAGAGAGGGGGAGAAGAGAGAAAACACGCGCAUUCUCGACUUGGAUUCUUGAAUCGGAAAGACGCGCGACGCCCGUCUCUGAAAUGUUCCUCUUUCGCCGAGUGACGCGCGCGUAUAAAUGUUCCGCUUCACGGGAUUCACGUUGCUUUCGCUCUCUGUGCAUCGUCUCGGAUGCGGGUGCGAGAAAGUAUUUUUUAUAUCGCACACCCUCGUAAAACAUAGCUUCUUCGGCGGCUGUGUGUAUAUAUAUAUUCGCAUACACGCGGCUGCACGCAGCAGCUCGUUCGUUUACUCGAUCGUUCGGGAAGGUCAUCGUUCUCCGUUCGCGUUUCUCGUAGUAUAGCGUCGAUCUCGCUCGGCACCCUCUCGCUCGACGACGUUGUCCCUCGGAACCGCGGGCUCGGGUCCCGGAAGCACGACUGACGAUGACGACGAUGACGAAGACGCGCGCGGAAGGAGUCAAAGACGACCUGGGAUAUAACCGUCGAUCGUUCUUAUAUAUUGAAAUACAUACCACGUAUUAUCCGAUGGUCCGUCCGGCUCACUGUCCCGUACCUCCGAGACCCCCUCCCCACCUCCCCCCAUACCCAUGAGUUUGACCUCCUCUCCCCGUGUUGUAACGCGUGCAGAUAUAAUUCGGUAAUAAUCAAAUCACCCUCCUGUACGCGCGAUCAAUAAUAUAUUUUCGAUACUACUCACGCUCGCCGGGCGAUUAACCGAGCGGGCCGACCGCGUAAUCGUCGCGGGAGCGACGAAGAGCGACGAGAGGCUGGCGGAAAUCGCAUCGGCGUCAUUUCGCAAUUUGUAUCCGACGCGCUCGAUAUUGAAACAAUCAUGUGUACAAGGUGAUACUUAAGAGAGGCGCAAGGCGCGAAUCGCUUGCGAGCCGGCCGCUUCUUAAUUGACCGGGGCACUUGUGCAAUGUUCCGAUGUGAAUCUGUACGCCGACGGGCCUUAAACGAGACGGACGAGAGCGGGUCGGUCGGCCUCCGGAAACGCCUCCUUGACGACUCGCACCGCGGAGUGCAUCGUUCUUCCCCGCACGGAGUGACGCGCCGCUAAAGGCGAGCCUCGGCCGGUCCGCUCCCUACGCGAGAUCAUCCCGAGAGAGUGAGUCAUCCGAGGAUGGAGAGAAAAAAAUGAAUCACGCGAGCGACGAUCAUCGGCGGCGGGACGGGCGGGGCGAUUCUCUAUUUUUGCGCGCUUCGCUUGACCAUCUGCGACGAAUCCAUCAUGGGCACGCGUAAAGGAGUGAUUCACGUCGCGCGACCCGCUGGAAAGUCUCGUUCUCGCGACGCGGAUACUAAAUUCGCAGAUAAUGAUUACCUUAGCUUGCGAUUAAGCUGUAGCGUAGAACGGUGCGAUCGCGUGAGAUUAACGAGGGGAGGUUCCGUCUCACUUUGAACUCGCGGAUUCCGUCGAAAUCGCGUCUGAGAGUGGGGGAGACCGGGGCAAGUUGGGGCUAAGGGAGUGGGUUGGCUAAUCGAUUAUUCCUGCUAUUUUCUAAUAGAUUGCAGAAUCGGGCGAGCUGAGAUUUCAGACGUAUCGAAGAUGGUUAUGAAAUUCCCCGAUUUUGUAACCUGUUAGAAAACAAUAGAAAUAAUCAAUUAACGAAUUUACACCCCGGUCUCGCUAUUCGCUUCGGUGGACUCACUCGAGAUGAUCUUGGAGCGUGAGUGUCCGUUUCGAAGCGAAGUCCCGACGACGCGUCGAUUCGUCGCCGGAUGAAAUGUUGACGGCACCCGCGCGUUCACCCACAACUUCCCCCCAACAGCUCGAUCGCGAACACAUCGGCGCCGACCAACAUUUCGUCCGUCCUGAAGCGUUACGCGUCGUCCCGCAGAAUUGCCCGGGGAGCAUUUGGUGAAAUCGCGGGAGGGAAGUGUUUUCAUACGAGACGGAGGAAAUCGCGUUCGUACGGUCGACACGUUGCAACGACGAGAGUGGUUACGAGGACGACGACGACGACGACAACGAUGAUGACAGCGACAAUGACGAGGACGACAUCGCGAAGGGGGAGGGGGAUGCGAAGAGUGUGCGUGGUGUGCUUCGUUGAUUUUCGUUAGUUUUUUCCAAAAUGUACAUUAAAAUUACCAGCUUUUUGCGCGACGACGGCUGUAAGAUAUAUAACAAGAAAAAAAAUAAUAGGGCUUUCCUUCGUUAAGCGAGGUAAGACGAGAUUUAACGUACUUUUUCUGAGGACGAUACUGCCGUUAUGCAUUAUAUAAAAAAAAACUAAGUUAACUAAUCGUAAAUGCACAGAAAUUUUCUUAAACGGAUAGCAACCAAAAAAAAGCUUUGUAGUGUCUCGAUACUCUCGAAUCAUUAAUCCUACGUCGUCAGAUAAUAAAUAAUGAUAUUAACGAAAUAAAAAAAAAAAU